UUAGAGAGCAUGCGGCUCAUUAUCACACCGCAGCAACAAGUGGCACCAACUGUUUUUAUGGACGUUUUAUAUGAGUGAAGAUAUCAGGAAGUCAACAUCUCAGCCAUGAACAAACGAAAACUGAGUUUCAAAUGGUUCGGGAGCCUCACCAACCUUUCCGCCCGCCGCCCGUCAGAGAAGACCAACAUCAAGGCAAUCCCAGAGCAUGAUGGGAGCCUCGGUGGUGCCAAAUCAGCAGCGGGGGAGCAAGUGGUGGAUGACAUGGGGGACUGCCUCCGCAGCCCCAGCUACGCCUGCUCCAGCGAGAUGUACACACAUGUGGGCACUGUGCCCCGCAGCCAGAAGUCGAAGAGCUGCAAGGGGCUGAAGGAGAAGAAGAAGAAAGAGGAGGAGGAGGAGAGGGUGAGUGGAGGGCAGAGCCAGUGGAAGGCGGGGGAACAUGUCCGAGACUCCCCUCUGCUCAGUGCCCUGUCCAGCCUUAGUGUGACCAGCCUGGACCGGCCUGUUUCUGCCCGGCCGCUGCCCGCCACCCCGACACUCAGCCGGGCUUCACCUUUGACCUCAGCACCCGAGUCUUGCUUCCGUGAUCCUCCAGCGGACCCCAUUAGGAGCCAGGGGUCUUUUUUACAGAGCAGGGAUGCUUUAGAAUCAGGUAGAGCUAUGGAGCCCUCAAACAUGACAGCUAACGGCCCCAAAGUGGCUCCGUCGCAGGAUGUGUAUGUGCCGAUGGACCCGAUAGCUGAAGCAGCUCGAAGCCACGUGGGCGAGCAAACAGAGAGGCAGCGAGGCGUCACCAGCACACAGGAAACCACAAGGACUGUGAACGGCUUGCAGGAAGUGAAGCGUGUUAACAGUCAGCAGGACCUGACAGACAGCAGCGGAGAAUAUGUGAAGUUCUCCAAAGACAAGUUCUGGUUGGAGCCGGCGACGGAGAAACUGAGGAAGCAGCUGGAGGAGGAGCUGAAGCUGAGCGGCAGCAACCUGAAGAGCCACGCCUGGUACCACGGACGCAUCCCCUGGGAGGUGUCAGAGAGCCUGGUGGUGAACCACGGCGACUUCCUCAUCAGAGACUCUCAGUCCAGUCAGGGCGACUUUGUCCUCACCAGCCACUGGGAACAGAAGACACUUCACUUUGUCAUCAGGAGGACGGUGGUUCAGUCCGGUGAGACGUACACUCGGGUACAGUACAGCCUGGAGGGCGAGGCCUUCGACUCUUUACCGGCUCUUGUUCACUUCUACGUGGGCAGCAAGGCGGCUUUGACCCGGUGGUGUGGAGCUCAGAUUCACCAUCCGGUAAACAGGACGCUGCCUCUCAGCUACCUGGAGACGGCCUUUGGCACUGCCGUCAGCCCGCCUUCCUGCCACAGCGGAGAGGAGAGGGUUUGUCCGAGAAGUCCUUCCUCUCUCCACCACAGGGAGGCAGAUGUGAACAGUGAGCAGGACGACUGGCCUCUUCUGACUGCUGGAGAAUCCUCUGUCUCUCUGAACAGCAACACGCCACAGUCCAGAAGCCCUAGCAGUAGCCGAGCAACCAGCGUGGCCCCAUCCCCGUCCCUCUCCAGGCGCUCGGAUACCGCCCGACCCCUGCCCUCUCCCAGCAGCACCCUCCACAGACAGUGUGACGACAGACCCCAGCCACAUCUGAACCACGACUCCCCAUCCUCUGAUGCAGGUGGGAGCUGCUACACGGAGCUGUAUCCCGGCCCCCAGAGCUAUGUUGAGAGGCUGCGGGCGGAGGAAGGGUCAGUGGGCGUAGAUCCACUAAGGUCGGAGGACGGGAACGUGUACUUCUCGCCUGUAGUGGAGACGGAAUCAUCAUUCAAACCAAGCAGGUACCAGUCAUCGCUGAUGCCCAAGGAGAAUAAGCCUUUGGAGGUGGCCAUCCUGCGGAGGGUGAAGGAGCUGCUGGCCGAGGUCGACCCCAGGACAGCAGCCAAACAUAUCACCAAGGCUGACUGCAUGGUGGCCAGAAUUCUGGAGGUGACUCCGGAGGUGCAAAGGAUGAUGGGAGUCAGUUCUGGCAUGGAGCUGCUCACGUUGCCACAUGGCCAACAGCUGAGACUGGACCUGCUGGAGAGGUUCCAAACCAUGGCCAUCAUGUUGGCCGUGGAUGUGUUGGGCUGCACAGGGACGACAGAGGAGAGGGCCAGCCUGCUGCACAAAAUCAUCCAAAUCGCAGCUGAGCUCAAGAGCACCAUGGGCAACAUGUUCGGCUUUGCAGCCGUCAUGAGAGCUUUAGAGCUGCCGCAGGUGUCCCGGCUGGAGCAGACCUGGACGGCGUUACGGCAGCGACACACAGAGGGCGCUAUCCUCUAUGAGAAAACUCUGAGGCCGUUCAUGAAGAGUCUGAACGACGGGAGAGAAAGCUGUCCACUGUCCAGCACCACCUUCCCACACGUCCUACCCCUCCUGUCUCUGCUGGAGAAGAGCGUGGCGGUUGGUGAGGGGACAGAGCCGUGGGAGACGGUGGAAGUCGGUGUGGACGUGGUCAUGUUCCACCUGGGGGCGGCCAGGACGAUCGCUCAGCUGGGGGGCAUCUACCGCUCCAACGCUGAGAGCAAACUACAAGGUUUCCAGGAGCAGGCGGAGGUCCUGGAGCUCUUCCUCACUGACUUCCAGAUGAGGCUGCUGUGGGGGAGCAGGGGAGCUGAGGAGAGCCAGACUCUACGAUACACCAAGUUUGACCAGGUGCUGACCGCCUUGUCCAACAGGCUAGAGCCACCGGUCAGACCGCAGUGACCCCAGAUCAGUUUUUAAUGAUUUUGUUUAUCCUGGGUCUCAUCUCAUUCCUGCACGGGACAGUCUGUUGGACGCUGAGCAGCUCCUGGGGUCUGACGCUUUGCUCUAGAGCAACUGGAAGGUCAUUAAAAAGGAAGAGCAUGAUGGUGCUUCCACUCCAGCCAUAAACACACUUCAUAUGCAUCCAGACGCUAGAUAAACCACACUCAAACAGUAUGCCACUUUUGUCGGUCUAGGAUUCAAAUUCCAGGUCAAAAGCACAUCAGCAGGAUGAAUGUUCGCCUGAAAUGUGUUCUCAUACCGGUACUCAGUACUGUUUAAGUUAACUUAAUCUGAAAGUCAGAGUUGUUGAAUAAAUUGUCAUGUUGACAAGAAUUUGAGUUUCUGGAAGGAACCACCACUAGAAGUUUGAGGUAGUACAGCACCCUGGAGGAGAAAACAUACAAACCAAGGACUCGCAAAAUUUACAGUACUAUGGCACAGACACAGCUCUUGAUUUAGUGUUUUGUUUUGAUUGUUACUCCUCUGCGCUGGCAACAGGUGUGGCCAGAGAUAGUAUGUUUUCGGGUUGUCCGUCUGAUUCUCAUGAGCACAGUAUCUCAAGAACGCCUUAAGGGAAUUUCUUCAAAUUUGGCACAAAUGUCCACUUAGCCACUUAGACCUCAUAAAACAUAUUUUAGCUGUAACUCUAGAAUUCAUAUGGUAAUCAUGACAAAAUUUCACACAAAUGUCUAACAGGAUAAAAUGAUAAAGUGAUAAUAAUGUAUAUCCAAAAGGUCAAAGGUCAGCUUCAAUGUGACAUCAUAAAGUUCUGCAGAAACACUUUUAUUUCCAUUACUCAGCGUCAUAUCUCAGGAACAGAAGGGGAAACAUUUGGUCAGAUACUGAACUGGUAACUAAUCUUGAAACUGACUGGAAAGAUCUUCUGUGCCAUUGGGGGGAAGAUGCGUGUGAAGCAACCACAUGGUUUUCCCCGACAUGGAUAUAAAUUGUAAAUGAAAGCUGAGUGGUUCAUGGAGGCAUACACCUGCAAAGCAGUCAUUUUAGUUUCCCCAUAAACUCAUAUUUUCAUCGACCAUCCUCCUGACAGUCUCAUUUACCACUAUCUGAAUUCUUAACUGAGAACACUUUUAAUGAUUCAAAGUGCUAGUGCCAGAGCCAAAAAUCAGCUUUAUCCUGCCAGCAUCUUUUAUUUAAAGAUUUAUUUUGGCAUUUUUGCUUUAUUUUUGAUAGUAAGACAGAGACAGGAAAGGGAGGACGACAUGCAGUAGGGCCGAGGCUGGACUCAAACUCUGGCCGCUGCAGUAAGGACUCAGCCUUAAUGGUACGCUCUACCCAUUAAGUGAGGGCUCCAGAAUCUUUAAUUUAACAUGAGGACUUCAUCCAUCUCACAAGGAACCAAAAUGUGAACAUAAGAUAUCAGUGUAAAUAUGUGGUACUGUGCCAGGUUCUAUUGUGGUGUGGUACUUCUGUUCUGCAGAAAGAAAAACAGGAAGUUGUUUUCUGUUUCCGAAAACAGUGUUGAGGCAAUGUUGCAACUCCACUUCGACAAAAGAGGAAUGAGAUGAAAAUGUCUCAAGAGUACUGUCACACUUUAGUAAUGCCCAGAGCAGCACGGUUCACACAAAGGUCAGUUCCAAAUGUGCACACCUGAGAGAAGCUGCCCAGAUCACUUUUUUACACAUUCCAAGAACCUUCUUCUCCGUACAUGUCUGACACUAUACAGAGCAAUCACGCAACAGUUCUGUCAGGUUACAUGGUACAGAUUCAAAAUGAUCAACCAUAGAAGAAAUUAAACAUGAUUUCUUUAUUUUAUUUGGUUUACUUUACAGGGAUAGCUCACAACUAUAAACAAAUUUACAUCUGUUGUCACUGGGCAGAAAACAGAAAAUAACAUCUGUGUUAAAGGUCCAGUUUUAAGAUUUAGGGGAUUUACUGGCAUCUAGUGGUGAGGAGUGCAGAUUGCAACCGGUUGAAAUUUCUUCAGGUAAGAAUUACUUCCUUCAGUGUUCAUUGUUCACCGUUGUGCACCGGGAGCAGAAUUAUCCGCAGAGGUCUCUUCUUGUCAUUGAGGGGCUGUUGACUACAUUGUCUGACGUGAAAACACAAAUGACCCCAUCUAGAGCCAGUGUUUGGUUUGCCCUUUCUGGGCUACUGUAGAAACACGGCAUUGCAACAUGACAAUCUCUGUAGAUGAGGACCUGCUCCCUAUGUCUAUAUAAACGUUUCAUUCUAAGGUAACAAAAACACAACAAUUCUUAUUUUCAGGUGAUUAUACACUAAAGAAAACAUACUUCAAUUUUAUUCUAUCUCUACCAAUAUACCCCCUAAAUCGUACACACUGGACCUUUAAGUGAAUUAAAACUGCAAUAUAAAAACACAAAUACAAGACAGUACAUAUUCACUGUACAGCAACAAGACAUCACAACAUUAAGACGCAUGAUAACACGUGCAGUAAAGAUAGAUAUACUCAGUAAACCUGAUGAUACAUGCAGUGUGUGUAAUGUGUAAUGUCCCUCACAGUAGUUGGCGAGAUCAGGCUGUGCCUCGGUCUGAUAGAUUAAUGUAUAGAAAUGUUUUCACGUCUGCCUGAAGGCUGGGCCUUCCCUAAAUCUACACCUGUAUGAACUGUAUGUCAUAUUGUACAGCCCAGUAACAGAAUAACCUUGUAUCUACAUUUCCAUGUUUUUGUAUUAUGUCCAUCAUCAUGUGUUAAUCAGUAGGAUUUUCUAAUUUGACGUUUAUAUUUAAUGUAAUCUUGGUGGAGAUUACUGGUGCUGUAACCAGUGCGGGGGUCAGUUCAGAACUUUGGUUCAUUUUUAAAACCUUUUUCUUCCUGUUUCCUUCAAAAUAAAAGCUGUACACGUCUUCACAUCAUCACACAUACUGUAUCUCUCAUUAUCACUGUGAAUUGAAGGUGAACUGAUCCUAACCACACGAGUACAGCACACAGGUACAGAGCGUUUCUAUUAAUUUAGUAUUAAUGUGUAAUAUUUAUCUGAAAUGUGAAAUGUAAAUAAACAUGUUUACCU